AUGACAACAAUCCUACCAGAGAACUACGCGCCUCUUCUCGACCCCUUUCAGACUGAAAUUGCGAUCCGUAAGAUCAAAGAAGAGUUUGAAGAGAAUUUAAAAUAUGACCUUGACCUUCUUAGAAUUACCGCUCCACUUUUUGUUGAGUCUGGGUAUGGCAUUAAUGAUGACUUAAAUGGUGUGGAAGUCCCUGUCAACUUUGAAGUGAAAGGUCUGAACAACUCCCGAGUUGAAAUAGUCCACUCGUUGGCUAAGUGGAAGAGACUUCAGUUGCAUUACUUACACAUUCCAGUAGGAGAAGGGAUAGUGACUGAUAUGAAUGCCAUUCGCCCAAUGGAGGAUUUAGACAACAUUCAUUCAAUUUAUGUUGAUCAGUGGGAUUGGGAGAAGACCAUUUUAGAGAAAGACCGCACAUUAGACUAUUUAAAAAGUGUCGUUGAAAAGAUAUACCACGCCAUUUACAAGACUGAAGAAUACAUCUGUGACGAGUACUCAGUCCUUCACAAGAAAUUGCCAAAAACUAUUACGUUUGUCCACA